GCCAAGGAUAUUCUUCAGUACACGAUCACAACGAGAGGGGCUUUGAACUAUACGGAUGAAAGUCCUUCGAUAUGCCCUCUCAAUCUUCGUAUCCUCUUGCCGACCAGAUCGGCAAACCUCCAACGAAACUUCCCAUUGGGGUAAAACGCGGCCGAGCCCGCCCGGCCGAGGGAACGGAGAGUGAGGGGAAAAGAUAAGAAGAGGAGAAGUUGGAGAUAGAAAAGAUGAAUCAAGUGCUAAAAUAACGCCAUCGCACAAUCCGGUUCGACUGGCUCUUCAUCUACUCUGAACCGAGUCUGGUGAACCUUCCAAGAUUUAGAUUUUUGCAAUUCACGUGUUCGGGCAAUCAUGAAAGGACUGAGUCUCUUCGGACUGGCGUCGGUGCCAUCCGCACUGGCGUUGGGCAUUCCUCAACAAGUGCUGCUUCCGGGAAGCAUCGCCCACGGGCUCGAGCUCGAGGCACUCAAGCCAUCGGCCCGCGAGACUUGUCCCCAGGCACCCAAGGUGGCCACUCCCAAUGACGGAUUCCAUUCAUCCUUGACUUUCCUCAAGGACGAGGCCUUCCGUGCUCGCCAGGCCAAGCGGUUAUCACGGGCGGUGCAGGUGCCCACCACCGUGGGCGACUUUGCAACCGACCCCUACGACGAGUCCUUUGCGCCCAUUGUAGAGUUCCAAUCGCUGCUAGAAGAGCUCUUCCCUCUGGUUCAUGCCAAGGCAACGGUCGAGCAUAUCAACCGUCUCGGUCUGGUCUUCACUCUGCAGGGUGCCGAUACCACCCGCAAGCCCGUUCUGUUCAUGGCACACCAAGAUGUCGUCCCUAUCGACGAUCCCUCCGACUGGACACACCCGCCCUUCUCCGGCGUGUUCGACGGUGAGUGGAUCUGGGGCCGAGGUUCCAGCGACUGCAAGAACGUCCUGAUCGGCCUGCUGUCCUCCAUCGAGGAUCUUCUCACGCAGAAAUGGCAGCCCCAGCGCACCGUACUGCUGGCCUUUGGUUUCGACGAGGAGUCGCACGGCUUUUUGGGUGCCGGCUCGAUCGCCCCGGUUCUCGAGGAGAGAUACGGCAAGGAUAGCUUCGAGUUCAUCCUUGACGAGGGUGGUAUGGGUCUGCAGAAUCUAGGCGAUGAUACCGAUAUUCUGUACGCCCUGCCAGGCGUCGGUGAAAAGGGAAGUCUGGACCUUGUUCUCGAGCUCGCCGUGCCCGGCGGCCACAGCUCCGUGCCCCCCGCGCACACUGGUAUCGGCAUAAUGUCCGAGAUCAUCUACGAGCUCGAGCGGCAAGAGCUCUUCUCGCCUCGUCUUGACAGCUCGCACCCCUCAUACGGUAUGCUCGAGUGUCAGGCACGGUACUCGCCAGACUUCGUCGAGCCCUGGCUCUCCGAUAAACUAGCCGACGGGGACGCCGAAGCUCUGGGCGAAGCCGUCGCCUCCUCGCGCGGUCCAGCCGUGCGGUACACCCUGCAAACCUCCCAAGCCGCCGACCUCUUCAACGGCGGCGUCAAGACGAACGCUCUCCCCGAAAAGAUCUCCGCAGUAGUCAACUACCGCGUGGCACUGCAUAUGACACCCGACCAGCUCCGCGAGCGCGCCGUGCGCAUCAUCCGCCCCAUCGCCGCUGCCCACAACGUCACCCUCAACAUCGACUUCCCCGGCGUGGCCAAGACGGCCGACGAAUUCGGCGGAACUGGCGCUCGCACGCUCACCCUGUCCCCGCUCAUGGAGGCCCUAAGCCCAGCGCCCAUCUCCCCGACCGACCCACUCACCUCCAAGACCUGGGCGCGCUUCUCGGGCGUCGCACGUAGUGUCUUUGAAUCACACUCCAACCCCUUGAGCACUGACAGUGUCGAGUCCGAGUCGACGCCCACCGUCGUCGUUACCGGGGACAUAAUGACCGGUAACACCGACACACGGUUCUACUGGUCUCUCUCGGAGAACAUCUACCGCUGGAGUCCCUCGCGCCAGGGUGGUGCUUUUAACAUUCACACUGUGGACGAGCGGAUUCGGUUGGACGUGCAUUUGGAGGGUAUUAUGGUGUAUUAUGAUCUCAUCCGCUCCUUUGACAACUGGGACGAGGAGUCUGCGUAAAAAGUGACCGCUCUGGGUACAUGCUAGCUGUUGGAUUCAAUUGUAGAUAUGUGGUCAUAGUAGAUACCUGGGUGAUAUUAACGGCACGACAGAAAAGUUCAUGGCACGACAAGGCUAGUCCUAAUAAGGAAUGCCUCCCCUUUAGUACAGAAUGCUAUAUUCGAGACUUAGGAAAUACCAGUAUAGUCCAUAUGGAUGUAAAAGCCUACUGUAGAGAAAGACUGUAGAAAAGACCGUAAAAG